GCGCGAGCCCCCGCUCGGCCACCCCGCCGCCAGCCCCUCUCCGCGGACGCCCCGCCGCUCCCUCGCCACCGAGCCGGGCCCCUGGCGAUGCUCUGGAUCCCACUUCCCCCGGGAGCUGCGCAUUUCCGCGCGCCCGGGCGGCUCCGGCUCCGGCCGGCCCUCGCGUCCGCAGCCCGCGCUCCGCGUCCCCGGGAAGUUGUCUCCGGAGCCCGCGGCGCCUGGGUCUCCUCCCCCUGAGCCCCGCCCCCCCGCCCAGAGCUGGAUCUGCGAGCUGCCCGGCCCGGGGGCGUCGCCGCUUGCUCCGCGAAGCCUGCGAGUCUCCGCUGCCCUGCGCGGAGCGCGCGUCCCCCGCCUGGCCGGGGACCCCCCGCGCACCCCCGAGACGGCGCGCGCCCAGAGCGCGGGAGCCCGGAGCGCCGGGCGCCUGGGACCCCGCGGAGCCGCUGCCCAGCCCGCGGGGCUCGUCAGGGAUGCAGGCUGCGCUGUGAGCCCGGGCUCCAAGGCCAUGUCCGGCGCCCGCUGCCGGACCCUGUACCCCUUCUCCGGGGAGCGGCACGGCCAGGGGCUGCGCUUCGCCGCGGGCGAGCUGAUCACGCUGCUGCAGGUCCCGGACGGCGGCUGGUGGGAAGGCGAGAAGGAGGACGGGCUCCGCGGCUGGUUCCCAGCGAGCUACGUGCAGUUGCUGGAGAAGCCUGGAAUGGUACCCCCUCCGCCCGGAGAGGAAAGCCACAUUGUCGUCCUUCCACCUGGCUGGCAGAGCUACUUGUCUCCCCAGGGCCGGCGCUACUAUGUCAACACGGCCACCAAUGAGACCACCUGGGAACGUCCCAGCAGUUCUCCUGGGAUUCCAGCCAGCCCUGGCCCUCACAGGAGCUCUCUGCCUCCAACAGUGAAUGGAUACCACGUGGCAGGGACCCCAGCGUACCCUCCCGAGACUGCCCACAUGAGUGUCCGAAAAUCCACCGGUGAUUCCCAGAACCUGGGAUCCUCCUCACCAGGCAAAAAGCAGAACAAGGAAAACACCAUCACGAUAAACUGCGUGACGUUCCCUCACCCAGACACGAUGCCAGAGCAACAGCUGCUGAAACCGACCGAGUGGAGCUAUUGUGACUAUUUCUGGGCUGAUAAGAAGGACCCCCAGGGCAAUGGCACGGUGGCUGGGUUUGAGCUCCUGCUUCAGAAGCAACUGAAGGGCAAGCAGAUGCAGAAGGAAAUGUCAGAAUUCAUCCGGGAGAGGAUAAAGAUCGAAGAGGAAUAUGCAAAAAACCUAGCUAAGCUCUCUCAGAACUCCUUGGCUGCGCAGGAGGAAGGGUCCCUGGGAGAAGCGUGGGCCCAGGUGAAGAAGAGCCUCGCAGAUGAGGCGGAAGUCCAUCUCAAGUUCUCUGCCAAGCUGCACAGCGAGGUGGAGAAACCCCUGAUGAACUUCCGAGAGAAUUUCAAGAAGGACAUGAAGAAGUGUGACCACCACAUCGCCGACCUCCGCAAGCAGCUGGCCAGCCGCUAUGCUGCGGUGGAGAAGGCCCGGAAGGCCCUCACGGAGCGGCAGAGAGACCUGGAGAUGAAGACCCAGCAGCUGGAGAUCAAGCUGAGCAACAAGACGGAGGAGGACAUCAAGAAGGCACGGAGGAAGUCCACGCAGGCUGGGGAUGACCUCAUGCGCUGCGUGGACCUCUACAACCAAGCCCAGUCCAAGUGGUUUGAAGAGAUGGUGACCACCACGUUGGAGCUGGAGCGGCUGGAGGUGGAGAGGGUGGAGAUGAUCCGGCAGCACCUGUGUCAGUACACACAGCUGAGGCACGAGACGGAUAUGUUCAACCAAAGUACAGUUGAGCCUGUGGACCAGCUGCUUCGAAAAGUGGAUCCAGCCAAAGACAGGGAGCUGUGGGUCCGAGAGCACAAGACAGGCAACAUCCGCCCCGUGGACAUGGAGAUUUAGAUGGGCACGCACGGCCCCGGGGGGUCCUGCCGAGGAGAGGGGCUGGGGGUCCCAUGGAGAGGAGGUGGCCGCGCCCACCACGGGGCCCGCUGCUGAGUGCACCUCCCUCCCACCCACUGUCCUGGUCCUGGUCCUGGUCUGCCGAGCCGGGGUGAUUCCAGAAGGGAGGCCCCGCUGGGAGCGGCCAGUGCGUCCAGGCCGAGAAGACGGAUCCACAGCCCCGCCCUUGUCCCCAAGGCGGAAGCCCCCCGACUCCUGUGCUAUGUUUGCUGCUCCAGGGACACACUGAGGCUGGAGCUUGGUGGUCCCUGCCGAGCCCUGCAGGGGUCACCUCCCCACCCAGAGCCAGCCGCGUCACCUAUGUGUGCCCCUGGAAGCCCCAAGGCCCUCUGUCUAGCUGGUCCCGUGUCCUGGGCUUUGGAUGGUCAUGGGGAAAGGUCCCUGUCUCCAACCAAGUAUCACGAUCAGAAUUGUCGCUGGAAGGCACUGCUCAGCUCAACAGCCCCCCACACCCAGAAUUCUUUGCAGUCCAGCCCACCCUCUUUCAUUUUUUUCAUUUCAUUUCUGUUGCAUUCUGGGAGCUCACAUCCUGGCUCUUGGCCCCUUUUCCAUCAUCUGGGGUCUUGGGAAUAAGGCCUUGCUCCUCUCUGCGCAGACGGACCCUGCCUGGAGAGGUCGGGAUGGCACUACCUCAUUCAGCACAAGUCAGAGUGUUGAGUCACGUCUCACGCUAGGUCAGGCAUCUUCUGUCAAGUCUCCGGGCUGGAAACCCCAUUUCAUCCCACCCUUCGCUGCUUCCUCAGGGAGGCUCCCACUGCCCACCCCUGCCCCAUCCCAGGCUCCUCACGGGGCUGGCUCGGUCCCCUGUGGGAGACGGGUUGGGAUGGCUCUUGGUCACCCCUGCCCAUCCCCCACAGAGGGCUCCAUCUGCUUGUGUUUGGGGGGGGGGUCCCCGUGUGGCUUUCUCUCCCUGGUGGGCAUUGCAUAGGGAGGGCAGACUCUCACGGCCUCAGCGGGGUGUCCCCUUCCAACCAGUGUCCUGCCACCCCAGCCUCAUCUUGUCCUGCACGUUCUGGAGCCCUGCACGGAGCCCUGCUUGGUGCUGGUACUACCUUCCCCUUUCCCCACCUCCUAAUUCCUGGGAAACCCGGGUCUGGGCAUGACAUGAGAAGCAUUCAGGACACCGUUCAUCAGUCCCUCCCUUUAUAGAAACACAGCAAACCCUGCUCUCCACCAUGUCAAACCCUGAGAAUCCACACCAAGGGACUGGAAGAAGUGGUGACACCCCAGUCCCCGCCCACACCUCACACCCCGAAGGUGGUCACUUGGCCAGCAGGGGACAGAUUCUAGCCCAGAACCCACGCCCUGAGAACCCAUCCUUCUUCACUCAUCUUUCCCCUUGAUGACUUUGGACGUCCAGCACCUGUAUGCCCCCUACAAGGGCAGAGUCCUAAGAGCACAACUUCUGGGUCCCUCAGUCUUCGUGCCGGGAAUUGAUGAUUCACUCAUCUUGGGUCUUUUGGCACCUCUUUCUUUCACUGAGACAGAAUUAGGCUCUCACAGUUUAGAAAGAUGCCCAGUGUCCUAGAGUAAGCCACAAUUGGUCACUUGUCCUGUUGAACCAUCCCAACCAAGAAGGUCAGUGUGGAGGUUGGAUCUGUCCCUGGCAGGGAGGAUCGCUCCUUCGGGAUGGGGGUUUGGGCCAUGACACCAGCAACUGAUUUUAGGAUGUUCUGUCUUGGUUUGUCUAUGAAAAAUGGGUGCUGGUAGGAAUUGCCUUGUGACCGAGCGGACUAAUUUGUGGGUGAUUUUCAACUGUUCAAAGCCAAUAGCCUUGUUACUAACAUAGAUAUUUUGAGUGUGAUAUGGCUCAUUGGGUUUUUUUUCUCACUCCCUUGUGAAGAUUCCCGAGUCUUCUGGUCCUCCUGGAGACAGGAGGCGGGGGGCUCUCUUGCCUCUCCCAGGGGAACCUGAAUUGGCCCAGUGUGGGUUUUCUGAAGUCGUUCUUCCCCCCCUCCUACCCCCCCCCCAGCCCGAGCUCAUUAGCCUCCUCACAUUAUUUUCUUUUUUCUCUGUGCUCCUUCCUUCAUCAAAGAGCUUAGUGAGUUCUGGGGACAACACAGGGCAGGGGAAAGCCCAGCAUCUCUCCUUUCUGCAUAGACAUAUGUUUUCUCCAGGAGUCUGGCAGGUCAGUAACCUUGACCUUCAUGUACGAGCGCUCUUUGCAAAGUUGUGGUUUCUCGGGAUUCUCUCUGUUGGGCUGGUAGACCUACAUUCAUUUGUUCGUCCACUGAGCAGAUACUGGGGUCAAGCCAGGCAUCCUGUGGGCACAGAACUGUAGCUACAUGCAGGACACACACUCUUUCCCCGUCUCCUCUGUUCUCUGUGGAGGCGGGAGCUCUCUAGAUCUCUCUGCGGAAAGAGAGCAUGGCACCCCUUCCACGUUUAACCCCCUCGGAGCCUGGCAUCCUAACACAAACCACCACCGGGUGGUGUUUCCUGGCUGGGUACAAGGUGGACAAUAAGGAUGGAAUCCCUUGGCCCUCACAGCCUGGAUCCAACUCAGAUCUCAGAUUUUUCUCGUUUCUUUUAAAUAACUCUCCUCACUUAACAGGAAAGAACGAAGCCCAGGGAUUCCUGAUGAGCCCAGGGAGUGAGGAGCGGGGUCUGUUAACGGGGCUCCCACUUUGGGUGAACCAAGACGAGGCUGAGGUCUAGAACAUCCCAGGGCUCCGGAGUAGCCCUCUAUCCAGUUACUUUAUUCUUGUCAAUGUCGGUGUUCAGGUCAGAAGAGCGUGUGGCCGGGCUUGUUCUGAGUGUCUGGAAUAUUCCAGGCACAUCCGUGGUCCUCUAAGAACAAGCGAGCCCUUUCUACCUGCCUCCUAUAAGACAUGAUUGCACUUGAUUUUGAGGGGGGAAAUCUCUAAGAUAAAUGGUGUUCAAAGUGCAUUGGUUGGUGCAGCAAAGCCGCUUGUUCCUUCCGUCGCUUUUGAUCAGUCUUGCCAAGCCCUGGAUGACCGGACCACAAGGCCAGCUGCCUGUGGGACCACCUUGGGCCUUCUUUGUGCCCCCCACCCAGUGCCUGUCAGGCCGGGAGGAUCUCUGCCCAAGGGGGUGCUUCUUCCUGGGGCUGGUUCAUGACCGGAGCGAGCAAA